AUGGAAACAUAUAGGGCUGGAUCGUGGGAUAUAGAGGUUUUUCAUGGAAAUUAUAUGAAAACAGAUGAGCUAAGCGCGUUGGGUGCAAGGUUAGGCAUUAAGAUCCCUGAUAUUGUAACGAAAAGUUAUGUGUGUUUUAAGAAUUCUGAAAGCAAGGUUGCUUAUAGAAUUGACCCAGAAGGCGCUUUGAACAUGUGCAGCUUGAGCUUAAGAAUGCAAAAGCUGCAAACUGAAGGAGAGCUUUACUAUGAUCAUAUUAACGUAAUUCCAGAGCCAGUUAGGGUCCAUCAUUCAGGAUCUUGGGCAAAUAAAACUUUGCCAAAAGACUCCCUUUUUAAUGAAGCUGAUUCUCUAUAUCUUUUCAUUAUAAAUUCGGAGAAUUAAGCUUUUAUAUGGAAAUCAGAAGCGAAUAAUAAAUAAUUUAGUUUUUGAGUUAUAAUUUAUCAAUGCUAUUAGAAUUUUUUGGUAUUUUUAUUUUUUAUCAGGGAAUUUUUUCUUAAAUCACAAUUUGGGAAAAAUAUUAUGAUAAUUUAUAGAAUAAAGAAUACAAAUCCAAGCAAAAGAAUUUGAUCCAGGGUGCGAUUGAACAUAUUCUUCACCUUAUAAAGGCGAACUAUUACAAAUUGACUUGUCUCCUCAAAUUGAUCUAAAGUUUAGAGAAACCAAUGAAAAUAUCCCUUUAGAAAUGCUAGGAGUUGAUAACCCAAUCCUAUGAAGCACAGACAUUUUGCUCUAUGAGGACGAGCUAAACGACAACGGACACUCCCGCUUCAAUUUCAGAAUUCGUUGCAUGGAAGACUGCUUUUUCGCACUCAUAAGGUCUUAUCUCCGAGUAGAUCAUGUAAUAGUCAGAAUCAUAGAUACUCAAAUUUUUCACAAAUUCUCAGAAAGGAAGAUCUUAAGAGAAUUUCAGCUAAAAGAAGCUGAUUUUGAUGCGCUUCGGUCCAGUGGCUUCGAUAUUUCUCCACAGUGACUAAUUGAUCCUUAUCAAAGCGAUAUAGUCUAUCCCAAUUUCUUUAAUUACCCUUUUUUCAUAUUUAACUCAUAUAAAAUCUAUUUCAAUGAUAUUUUUAUAUCAAUUUUUGCCACUAAAAUUUAGCUUUAAGGACUACUUAGAAUAUUAA